AUGGGAGGGACAGGAUGGGGAGGAGAGAACGGCCAUGCCCCAGGGAGUGGGGAGGGGUCACUCAGGCCUGUCCCCAGCCCUGGUGUGAAUGGGGAAACUGAGACUACGGCCAUGCGAACCACCCAGCCUGCCUGGGGGUCCUGGGGCACCUCUGCCGGCGGCAGCCUCCUGCUCCUGCUUCUCAGCCUCGGGUGGGCGUUACCUUCCAGGGCCCAGGCUGCAGACUCGAGACUGGGUGUCAUGACCCCAUGGCUGCAGGGUACCUCCCGGGUCUUGUCCUGGUGGCGACCUGAGCUAUCUGUUGUCCUCUCGCGGGACCUGCGGGACACAGACAGGUCUCGGCAAGGUUUGGGAGGAGGAGGUGACUGGAGAAGUCCAGCCCCCAAUCUCCGGCCGGCUCCUGCAGGCAAGGUCUGCCCGCCCGCGCGGAAGGCCCACGUGAUCGAUGAAAACCUUGUCUUCUACGAGGAGUGGGAGCUGGAGGCCUGUGUGGAUGGAGCCCUGCUGGCCGCUCAGAUGGACCGCGUGAACAUGGUGCCCUUCACCUACCAGCAGCUGGACAUUUUUAAGCGCAAGCUGGACGAGUUCUACCCACAGGGCUAUCCCGAGUCCCUGACCCAGAACCUGAGCUACUUCUUCCUCGAGCUCAGCCCCGCGGACAUCCGCAAGUGGAACGUGACGUCGUUGGAAACCGUGAAAUCUCUUCUUCAAGUCAGCAAAGGGCAGAAGAGGGACGCUCAGGUGGCUGCCCUGAUCGCCCGCUAUGUGGCGGGCGGGGGUGAGCUGGACCAGGCCACCCUGGACGUGCUGGCCACCUUCAGCCCCGCAUACCUGUGUUUCCUCAGUCCGGAGCAGCUGCGCUCCGUGCAGCAUAGCGUCCUUCGGGCAGCCGGGCCCCAGGACCUGGAUGCGUGCCGCCCUCCGCAGAUGGCCGUCCUCUAUCCCCGGGCCCGCACCGCCUUCCAGACCGUGAGCGGGCCUGAGUACUUCUCGAAGAUCAAGCCCUACCUGGGUGGGGCCCCCACAGAGGACUUGCGGGCUCUCAGCAGUCAGAAGGUGAACAUGGACGUGGCCACAUUCCAGAAGCUGCGGACGGAGGCCGUGCUGCCGCUGACCGUUGCCGAGGUGCAAAACCUUCUGGGUCCAAACCUGGUGGGCCUGAAGGCGGAGCAGGAGAAGAGCCCUGUGCGGGACUGGAUCGUCCGGCAGCGGCAGGAUGACCUGGACAGUCUGGGCUUGGGGCUGCACGGUGGCCUCCCCAAUGGCUACCUGGUCAUGGACCUCAGGCUCCGAGAGGCCCUCUCGGGGGGCGCCCGCCUUGUGGGACCCGGAACAAUGCUCACUGCGAUCCCCACUCUGCUCCUGGCUCUGAUCCCCAAGUGA